CCCUCUUUAUUAAAUACCCUCACGCCGAUUAGAUAAACCCUAAAUCGCUAACUCGAAAUCGAAAUUGAGUUUGCUGCGAUAUGGAGCUUCGAUCUCGCAAUAAGCAGACUCUUCAAUCGAACCAAGGUACUCGAUUUCACCGCCACCAGAAUCUCUAUGACGAAGAAGUCGAUGAACAAACUUAUGUAAUACCUUCUUCUUCAGAUGACGACGAUUCAGAGUUUCAAGGUGAGGAAGAGGAAGAGGAGAAGGAUGAUGAUGAUGAUGAUGUCCCUAACGUCCAUGUCAAUUUGCCCAAUCCUGUACCUGCUCGUGUCCCUGUGCCAUGGCCACCAUUCCCAAGAGGCGUUAAAAGAAAGAGCACACGUGUCAUCAGAGAGAAAGGCACCCUCUUGUGGGAGAUUUGGGAGCAAGAGGAUCAGAAGUGGAUCGACCAACACAUGACAGAGGACGUCGACUUGAACCAGCAGAACACCUUAAUCGCCGAAACCGCCGAGCCCCCUGCCGACUUAAUCAUGCCGCUGUUAAGGUACCAGAAGGAGUUCUUAGCGUGGGGAUCGAAACAGGAGCAGUCGUUUAGAGGAGGCAUUCUCGCGGACGAGAUGGGGAUGGGGAAAACCAUACAAGCCAUCUCUCUCGUUCUCGCCAAGCGCGACUUCGACAGGGCUAAUAAGGCCAAAAAAGCUGUGGGGUGCACGCUUGUGCUUUGUCCUCUCGUUGCUGUCUCUCAGUGGUUAAGCGAGAUUGAUCGGUUUACAUCCCCGGGGAGCACCAAGGUGCUUGUGUACCAUGGGGCUAAGCGUGAGAAGAAUGCUGAAGAGUUUAAGAAGUAUGACUUUGUGUUGACGACUUAUUCCACGGUUGAGAAUGAGUUCAGGAAGUGCAUGAUGUCUCCCAAGGAGCAGUGUGAGUAUUGCAGCAAGUCGUUUUAUCCCGCGAAGCUGUUAAUCCACAAUAAGUAUUUCUGUGGGCCCAACGCUGUGAAAACGAAUAAGCAAUCUAAGCAGCAGAAGAAGAAGAUCUCUGUAGCUGCUUCAUCGUCCAAGAAAGGGAAGGAAGUUGAUGAAGGAGAGGGUAGCAAGACGAAGCGGUCUAGGAGGAAGAGUAAAAAGGGAUUGGAGGACGAUCAGCUUGGUUCUGUGGAUAGAAAGAAGUCUCUUUUGCACUCUAUUACGUGGAACCGGAUCAUUUUGGAUGAGGCUCAUUACAUCAAAGAAAGACGUAGCAACACUGCGAGAGCUGUUUUUGCUUUGGAGGCUACUUACAGAUGGGCUUUGAGUGGUACCCCUCUCCAGAACCGUGUUGGAGAGCUUUACUCUCUGAUUCGCUUCUUGCAAAUUCGUCCAUACUCGUAUUACUUCUGCAAGGACUGUGACUGUAGAAUUCUUGAUUACACUGCGCAUGUAAGCUGUAACAGCUGCACUCAUAAUGCAGUGCGACAUUUCUGUUGGUGGAACAAGUAUGUGGCUAGACCAAUAACAGCAUAUGGAGGCAACGAACUGGGUAGGAGAGCCAUGGUAUUGCUUAAGCACAAAGUUCUGAAAGACAUCCUCAUAAGACGUACUAAACUGGGCCGGGCGGCUGAUCUCGCCCUUCCUCCUAGAUUCAUCACUCUGAGGCGAGAUGCACUAGAUGUAAAAGAGUUUGAUUACUAUGAGUCACUAUACCAAAACAGCCAAUCGCAAUUUAAUACGUAUGUUGAGGCUGGGACAUUGAUGAAUAACUAUGCACAUAUAUUUGAUCUUCUCACCCGUCUGAGACAGGCUGUUGAUCAUCCUUACCUUGUGGUGUAUUCCGCUUCUAGUGGAGAAAACGCUAACUUGAAUGGUGAGAACAAAAGGGAGCAAGAGUGCGGUCUCUGCCACGAACCGGCUGAAGACAGUGUUGUGACUUCGUGUGCACAUGUGUUCUGUAAAGCCUGUUUGAUUGAUUUCUCUGCAUCCCUGGGAAAAGUCAGCUGUCCGACAUGCUCGAAACUACUAACCGUGGAUUGGACUACUAAAGCUGGCGCAGAGCAACAUGCAAACAAGACGACACUAAAAGGAUUUAGAGCCUCAAGCAUCUUGAAUCGGAUAAAGCUCGAUGAUUUUCAGACAAGUACAAAAAUAGAGGCUUUGAGGGAAGAAAUCAGGUUCAUGGUUGAAAGAGAUGGGUCUGCCAAAGCAAUAGUUUUCAGCCAAUUUACAUCAUUUUUGGAUCUGAUACACUACACCCUCGGGAAGUGUGGGGUUGGUUGUGCCCAACUGGUGGGAAGUAUGUCCAUGGGAGCUAGAGAUGCUGCCAUCAAUAGAUUCAAAGAAGAUCCAGAUUGCAGAGUUUUCUUAAUGAGUUUGAAAGCUGGAGGGGUUGCUCUCAACCUAACAGUUGCUUCACAUGUGUUCAUGAUGGAUCCGUGGUGGAACCCAGCGGUUGAGAGACAAGCACAAGACAGAAUACAUAGGAUUGGACAGUACAAGCCAAUCAGGGUUGUGAGAUUCAUAAUAGAGAACACAGUGGAGGAAAGGAUCCUGAAGCUUCAGAAGAAGAAGGAACUUGUGUUUGAAGGGACCGUUGGUGGUUCUCAGGAGGCCAUAGGGAAGUUGACAGCGGAAGAUAUGAGGUUUCUGUUUACCACCUAACUUAAUCUGUUAACAACAAAAACUAUCAGUGUGUAUGUAAGAUAUGGUACCGUAAACUCGUUUUUACCUUCUUAUAUCUAGCUAGACAUUUGAUGAUGACU